GGUUGGUAUUGGUUCUAUAUUAUGAAUCUGAACAUCAAGUCUCAAUUUUAUCCCAGAGACAAAAGUAGAGUCAGUCAGAGUUAAAAGAGCACUUGACCUGAUUGGUGUGAAGAAAUAUUUAUAUCGAAUCCAUCCAUUGUUACAUGAGAUUGAUUGUUGCCUCCCACGUCUCAAGUAGUGUUGGCGAGCAAAAAGUGAUACAAUAAUCCUAUUUAUUUACUAAUUAUACAGUUUGAUAAGUGUUGAAUUUUGAAAUCAUACGAAAACAUUGCGUGCAUGUUUGCACAAGAUAUAAUUCCGGAAGGUGGGACUGGCUCGUCUAGUUUUGAAAAUUUAGUGAUAUUUGACUAAAAGUGAUUUUCAUAUGAAGUAAAGAAAACCAGCAUUAUGCUGUAGAAACAAAGAAACUGAAAGGCGUCGUUGGCACAUAUGUAAGGUGUUCCGUGUCGUGCUCAGCAGAAGAAUUGGUUGUUAAAUGAUUUUUGCCAAACCUACGAUCGUGAGUCAGUAAUCCGUAUCACAAAACCAACCUGUACAACUUUCCUCACCUUCCUCAAAUCAAAAGUCAUUCAUCAUUGAAAUCUUGAUAUCUUUGAAAAAAUGACUCUUAUUAAUCCCAAUAACGUUAUCAUUUGCACUGCUACGUUUGUGAUUCUGUGUCUAAAUUUAACGGGAGGAAAUGCCCUUGAAUUCCCCAGAAAAAUUAAUCAGAAAGGUUACGGCUUCCCCUUGAAAAGAAAUGCACCAAGUGAUGAUGCUUUCGCAGAGUCAUUUGAGGAUCUCGUCCCCUUGGCGCAAUCCUACUUUAUAACCCCGGAAACCCCAUCCACAACUACGAUAAAACCCACUUUCAAGCGACGAUCGACUCUUCAACCAAUUACAUCUUGGGGUGGAGAUCGUCAAAACAAAAAUAAGAAAAAGGGAUAUACAAUUCCUUCCGAGGUUGACACUUCAACAAACAAUUAUAACCCAUUUAGUCAAAUCGUGGAUACCGGUUUCCAACCUAAAAAAUCCUACGGUAAUGGUGCUAAUAAAAAGAGGCGACCUUCUUCCAUCGAUAUGAUGCGAAGAGACCAGAAUGUUAAUGAGGGUGGAGUUCCAUCAAUCAAUAUUGAGAGCAGCACUGCCAAUUAUGAGAAGGAAACAGGAAAUGCAAAAGACAAUAAAAAAACUAUUGGUAGAAGGAAGCCCAAGAAGGUUAUUGAUUAUGCUGGAGGACCGAGUUUUGCUGUCAAUAAUAAUAAGAAUAAUAAUGAUAAUAAUAAAAUAUCAUCUCCACGACCCCAGAGAUUUGUUGGGCAGAGGAGAACAUAUCAAGCGAAGGUAAAAAACGUGGAAAAUGCCCCUGCAACUAGUUCGGAAACUCCAGUAGCAUUUACUAGCCCAAAUCCCUCAAGGGGGUCGUUUUCUCGAAGUGGACGGCAAUACGGUCGUCAGCAAAUCAGAACAACUGAGAAGUUGUACCCAGUGGAGAUCCAACCUCAAUAUGAAACCACUGAUAGCAAACCCCUUCUUCGCCGGAAAAAAUUUACCACCACCACCGCAACAUCUACAAACGAUGGUGACAAUGCUAAUAAUGUUGACAAAAUCCGACCCCGUCAAUCUCCCAAUUUAAAUGAUGCUGAUUUGCAACGAAUUAACUCCAACGUGUUUGCAAGUCGUAAGCCUUUUGCACUUGGCCGUGGUUCUACAACUUUUAUAAAUCCAGUUGACAAUGCUCAAGCCCAACAAGAUAGUGCUCCACUGAAUCGAAGGAUGCGACAUCGGCCAGGAACCCCCAUCGCGCAGAAGACAUUGCUCACACCUUUGGUUCCAGACUCUGAGCAUGAAUCUUCAUCGGAUGCCAUUACGGUUUUUGCUGAUUCCGAUGAUUCUCCUAAUAUCUCUUCCAACGCAACAAGUUUGUCAUCAGAUAGCUUACCACCAGUCUCUCGAAAUCUGUCCAAUAGGAAGCCAAACGCUUUGGAUAGACUUUCCAAUAGACAGGCAUCCGCUCAGAGGUUUCUGACACCAAAAAAGAACACUGAAGCUUCAUUAAUUGCGUCGCCACCUACGACAAAAGCACCUGCAAUCCAAAGCAAAACUCCGAGAAAAAGCCCCUUGUCUUUGGCCAACUUGAGGAAUCGUAGAUUGGGAGGCAGCUCUUCAACAACUACCAGCACAGAAGCACCGAUUGUGUCGCAAGUAGACCCCGAGAGCCACGAAGUCCUCGGAAACUUGGACGCCCUGGAAGGGACCGUCGUCGUAGAAAAUAAUCAAACCGCUCAAAACGGCACUGAAGCCGAUUCUCCGAAAGAAACAGCAGAAGUACAAGAAGAAGAGCCAAAUAAGUCGCCUUUGUCAGGAUUGCUUAGAAACAGGCGACCACCUCUUCGACGCCCUUUACCGGGUGCAAAACCUGGACACGAAAAUUCCCCAGUUAUUCAGAUCAAGCCACGUGGACCUAAUUUGAAACCAAGAACAACAGAGGCAACCACUCCCAAACCAAUAAAUAUCGAGACUACCACCCCACCCUCGUGUGAAGAUGGGAAAAGGUACAAUAAAAUAUUGAGAAAAUGCAUCCCUGCUUUUAAAUCUGGUUGAAGACUGGUUACUUAAAUGUUGAUAAUUUUUUUAUUUUGAAUUAAAUAUUGUUUUGUGUACAUGCCUUUAGACUUAUGAUUGUUGUGACUCAGUUUUGUAGGAUUCUAUAAUUUGCUAGAAAUAUCCGUCUGUCAUUUUAAUGCAUAUUUAAUUUAAUUAAUCAUUGGGUAGUUUUAUUUCACAUGUUUAAUUAAGUACAAUUCAUGCGACAUGAAAAUUGCAUGCAGACUAUAAUUAAUAUUACAAUAAUCUGAUAACUUGGUUGUUUGCUAAAAUAAUUACUUAUAAAAUACUAGGCUAGAAUUACGGCACAUAUAAAUAUGACAAUUAAUAUAAUUAGUAAAGCAGUGUAAAGGUAGGUACCCGCAUAAUAAAUGCACAUUUUAAAGUUAUGUAUAAAUUUAUAUCUAUGUAGUAAACAAGAUUAUCAAUAAAAGAUUUAAUGGAUGCUUGUGGUAUCACAAAUGUAAUUUGCCUAA